AUGUUAUGCUUUCGGCUUUCCGAAGAUAUCGGCUACGUUUUAUAUUCUGCACUGGGAUCAUUUUACAUACCCUCAUGCAUCAUGGUGUUCGUUUACAUUCGUAUUUAUUUUGCUGCCAAAGCAAGAGUUAGAAGAGGGAUACGUAAACAGCAAAAACCGAACGCGUCGAAAGAAAAAUGCACGAGUUUUACGAACGCUCCAAUCGGGGAUAAUAAUAAAUUAAGAAUGCCCGAUUUAAGUUCUCCCGUUGAUAAAAACAGGAAUUCACCAAUGAAAAACGUCGUGACGAUAGAAACUAUAUCACCUUCUAUACCUCCGACUAUACCCAUAGUGACAUGUGAUUUUGCAAGUGAUAUAAGCACGAGUGAAAAUGCGGAUUUAAAUAAUCCGACCGAAGGAAACGAUAGCGGGUAUUUAGACGCGCCUAAAGACACGUUAAAAAUCGGAGGAGGUGAAUAUGGUGGUGGUAGUAGUAGUAGUGGUAGCUUGUUAUCAACCGCGGCAAAAUUUCGCGGUUCGACAUUGAGCGUGAACGGUGAUCUUGGUACGCAACAACAACAUAGUACUCCUUCGGUCAUAGGAAGAUGUAGAGCACCUAGCGUGGGUAUCGAUACGGAUAUGGUGAGCGAAUUUGAUCCUUCUAGUUCGGAUAGCGGAGUCGUGAGUAGGUGUGCCGUUGUUAAACCUUUAAAAUUAAGAUUUUGCAAACCGAUUUUCGGUAGGAAAGCAUCCAAAGCCAAACGUGAAGCCAUUGAUUUGGGUAAAAUGCCUCCUCUUCACGAACCACAACAACAACCCCCUCCCAACAUUGAAGAACUACCGAGAAUAGAAAAACCUAAAAAUCCGGAGAGAGAAAAGAGACGUAUCGCAAGGAAAAAAGAAAAAAGAGCGACGCUCAUAUUAGGUUUAAUAAUGGGCUCAUUUAUUGCUUGUUGGCUUCCAUUUUUUUUCCUUUAUAUAUUGACUCCUUUAUGCGGAGCCAGUUGCAACGUACCUAAAAGAGCGUUUGCAUUUGCUUUUUGGCUCGGUUACACAAACUCCGCACUUAAUCCCGUUAUAUAUACAAUAUUUAAUAAAGAUUUUCGUAGAGCGUUUAGAAGGAUUUUAUUCAAGUGA